ACUAAACAUGUUGGGCUUUUUGCAGGUACCAUAUUCCUCCUAAUUAUUUCAUUUAACAAAGUAAAUAGAGAGUAAUCUCUGUUUAGAAUUCUUAAUUCGUUUUCAGACAAACGAUGGAUGGCCUGGACAAAAUAAUAGACUCUGAUUCCCAAGACGAAGGGAGCUCAUUUUCAGAAUCACAAACUCAUGGAGCAUUCCACAAUCAUUUCAUUGAGUCUGUUCAGCCUUUGAUUGAGUUGAUUGACUCUCUGAGGUUCAUCGGCAUUGAUAAGGAUAUAGAUCUACCAUCCAUUGCAGUGGUGGGAGAUCAGAGUUCUGGAAAGAGUUCUGUUUUGGAGGCUCUCUCUGGGGUGGCUUUACCUCGAGGAAGUGGUAUUGUUACUCGUUGUCCUCUUGAGUUGAAAUUGCGGAAGCUCAAAAAAGGACCGUGGUCAGGGGCCAUUUCUUACCGAGGUCACAGAGAGACCUUUUAUGACCCAUCAAAGGUGGAUAACCUUGUUAGAAAAGCUCAAAACGAGCUUGCUGGAAAUACAGUUGGAAUCAGUGAUGAGUUUAUCACUUUGGAAAUUUCAUCUCCUGAUGUAUGUGACCUCACUCUGAUCGAUCUACCUGGUAUAACCCGUGUACCUGUACAUGAUCAACCUGAUGAUAUCAGCGAUCAGAUCAAAAACUUGAUACUGAAAUAUAUUACCAAAAAUGAAACCAUCAUUUUAGUUGUUGUACCCUGCAACGUUGACAUAACAACAACAGAAGCACUAAGAAUGGCACGAGAUGUGGACUCAGAAGGACACAGAACUCUUGCAAUUCUCACAAAACCAGACCUCAUUGACAAAGGAGCAGAGAUUGAUGUUUUGAACACUGUCCAGGGCAAAGUCGUACCUCUCAGCAAGGGCUACAUUAUUGUGCGAUGCCGUGGUCAGAGUGACAUCAAUAACAAAAUCCCUCUUAGUGAAGCCAUGGAGAUGGAAAUGGAAUUCUUUAGGAACCACCGUUAUUUUAGCUCUCUAUUGAAUGAUGAUAAAGCAUCUACUCAGUGCCUGGCAAAAAAACUGACCAAAGAACUUGUUGAUCAUAUUAAGAAAUCGCUACCACAUUUGACUGACCAAAUUGAUACUAGACUGCUCAGUGUGCGAGAAGAACUUAAAAAGUACAAUCUGGGUCCACCUCUGGAAGAAGAAAAGAUGGGACCUUUUCUCAGUGAGAUAAUAAUAGAGUUCAGCGAUCAAAUAAAUGAACUGAGUAGAACAGGACAUUCAAAAGAGAAAAACAUUCAUGCACUUCUUCGUCCUGUGUUCAAGAAAUGGGACGUCUACCUAAGAAGCACUGAAGCAUCAUUCACAGCAAGAGUGAAAGAAAUGGUAGAUAAGUAUAAUGAAAUUCAUCGUGGAAGAGAAUUGCUUACAUUCAGUGAGUUCUGUGAGUUUGAAUGUGUCAUCAAAGACCAUGUGGCAGCCCUUCAAGAGCCAGCGAUGGAAACACUGAAGCACGUACGAGAGAUUGUUCAAAACAAGUUCAGGGAAGUAUGCAUUUUAUCUUUUGUUCAGUAUCCUUCACUGAGAAACAAUAUCUCUAAAAUGAUUGAUGACAUUCAGUCAAAACAAGAGGCCAAAGUGGAGAAAAGAAUCAAGGAGUUCAUUAAUAUGGAGCAACUGGUCUUCACUCAGGAUAAGGUUUUACAAAACAAACUCGAUGACUCUGACAUCUCUCAGACGACUGGAAUAGAACGUUAUGAGAACCUCCGAGAUGAUGACAUGAUUUUAAAUUCCAAAGGCUGUGCACUGUUGGAUGCAAGAAAUCUAGUUCCAGACAAACUGGCUCUUUAUUAUGAGAUUGUCUAUCAGCGCCUCACAGACUAUGUGCCCAUGCUGAUAACUCUGUUCAUGCUGAAGGAAGCAGCUAAGACAUUGCGGCAUCAAAUGCUGGAACUGAGGAACGGGGCAGAUGUGGUCAAACUGCUGAGUGAAGACUCAGAGCGAGGACACAGGAGAGCUGAACUAAAGCAGCGUCUGGAACGCCUCACACAGGCUCAAGAAAUGAUAAACAACAGACUCUGAGACAUCUUAAUAUCCAUAUACUUAGCAUCAGGAAUAUACAUAAAUUAAGCAUCAGGGCUGCAGAAAUUGACCUCUAUAUAUACUGUAAUUUAAUCAUUUAUCUGAAUUCAGUUGAGAAAUUCUACCAGUGAGUUAGUUCAGUAAAGCAGACAAUGCAACAUGUAAUGAAUAUACAUGUAUCAGCAACCGUAGAGUUGCUGAAUGGAAAUUGUACAGUACGGUAAUGUUGGCUCAAGUCGUCACAUUACUCUUGCAUUACCAAAAUAACAUAAAACCCAUAAUUUCUGUAAUAUCUAUACAUCUAAGUAAUUAACAUUUGUAUCACCAGUGUUCCUGUUCAUCAUUAUUACUAUCCUUGGUUCAAUUCUCAGGGACUAACUGAUAAAAUGCGUACAUUGAGUACAGCAUAGGUCUGUCAAAUCUGCCAAAUGCAUAUAAUUAUUUGUUUUUAAUGAAAUGUAAUUAAAUAUUUACUCAUUUGUUUCAUGUAUUACUUGAAUUAUGAAGGCUUAUACAUGUAAUUCAAAUUGAUAAAGAAUUGUAAUGUUUUAGCAUUGAAAAUUUGGGUGUGGGGCAAGGGCUAAACAAUAAAAUAAUAAAAAGCAAAA